CCCUCCAGCGAAACACAGACGGCUAAUAAUUAGCAGGCAGCCGCUGCACUCCCGACACGUCGAACCAAGCGCACCUUUUAGCCAAAAACAAGGAGCAGCAAUGGCCCUCCACAGGAACACUUUAAUCAACCAAAUGGAUUAUAACCGAGAACCCAAGGAAGGAAAGCCGACUCAGUCGACCGAAGAGCGGUUGGAUAGCGGUUUAGACUCGCUCAAAGAGGAGGACUACCAGGCUGUUGAAGAAGAAAUAUGUCGCCUACAGCUGGAAUGUGAGCCGUCGUGGCACAAACAAACGGAUGGUGUAGCAGCCGAGCUACAAGAAUGGAGAACACAAGUGACAGAGGACGGCGACACGCUGCUCCACUUGGCGAUUAUCCAUGAGGUAAAGGACUACAUCAGAACAAUCAUCACCCUGUCCAAGAACACAGACUUCCUCAAUGUCCAAAAUGACCAGCGACAGACUCCUUUGCAUUUAGCAGUGAUAACAAACCAGUCGGACACGUGUCAGCGUCUCCUGUCAGAUGGCUGCGACCCCACACUGGUGGACGACAGCGGGGAAAUGCCCAUUCACAUUGCCUGUCGCCACGGUAACUUGCCGUGCUUCAGCGCCAUCACGCAGUUCUGUCGUCCAGAGCAUUUACACACAAUGAUGGCGGCCUGCAACUACCAAGGUCAGAACUGCCUUCACUUGGCCUCAGUUCACGGUUUCCUCUCACUGGUGGAGAAUCUUGUGGAUUUAGGAGCUGAUAUCAACUCCAAGGAGCAGCGCAAUGGACGCAGUGCGUUGCAUCUGGCCGUUGACCAGCAGAACCUGUCUUUGGUCAGACUGUUGCUGAAGAAAGGAGCGGACCCCAACCUCCUGACAUCUGGAGGCCACACCCCCUACCACCUCACCUACGGUCGCGAGAACGAGGACAUCAAAAGGGAGCUGUUUCUGUUGACCCAUCCUGACCUGAGAGAGCUGCCCGACAGCGAAUCUGACGACAGCGAGGAUGAGGAAGACAGAGAGUCGGAUGAGGAGGUGGGUUAUGAUGACAUCCAGUGGAAUGGUCAUUAACGGGAAGUCCAAGAAGCAGGAGACCCUGAGAAAGAAGAUGUAGGACGAAAGAAAAUAGCUUGGCGUGUCUUCUACUGCCUACAGUGGCAUCACGGCAGCCUUGCAGUGUGGCUGAAGCUGUAAAGUCAUGGUUGAUCCUCUGACAUCAGCAGUGGACGGCAAAUAAAUACAGAAACAAGGCAGCUGCAGGAGCUGAUAAGAGACUGGUGACCAAAUCAAGUAACGGCGCUGCAGGGGUGCACAGGAACGUACCAUGUGUGGCUCGCCAAUCAUUCACAAGCGCAUCCAUUCAAAAUAACAGCUCUCUUGUAUGAUAUUGUAAAUGCUGUGUAUACAAAAAUAUUUUUUAUGGAAGCUGUGAAAGUGUACAGUAGGACAGCUUGUAAAUGUUUGACAGCGACACUCCCAUUUAAAUUAAAACACUUGUAUUUAACAGGAAA